AUGUCUCUUCGCCGCUCUGCUAGAAUUUCUUCUAUUGUUAUUCCUUCUCCAGAAAAGCCCCUUUCUCCUGUCAUUGAUUCGAAGAAGCGAACUACGAGUUCCCAGGCACGUGAGAUCAAAGCCAAAAAGCCCAAACCGACAGAAGACGAGACCGUCGUGAACGGAGAACCUGAGUUCAAAGUUCCAGUAACGUCAGGGAGGAAUGCAAGAAGAAAUCCUGCUAAACAACCGAAGAAGCCUCCAUUGACUCCAACCCCAAGCCUCGUCCAAGCCAUUCGGGCACCGUAUAGUUCAGGCGAUAUUGAUGACGCUACUCCGCCCCCCGACCGUCCAGUUGAGCCACACGUUACCAAUGCGACCUUAGUUACCCCAGGAGGGACGCAGAAGGUCGCAUAUCCUGACCAGCUCCCGGACUCUACUCCCUCAAAAACUGGGCUUCCUUGCCCAACCGCUACCACCAAUACACUGCUCGACCAGGCGUGCGCCCAUCUGAUUAGCGUUGAUCCCCGAUUGAAACCUCUGAUAGAACAACAUCACUGCCAUCUAUUCUCAGCUAAUGGCCUGGCAGAGCCAAUCGACCCUUUUCGAUCAUUAUCCAGCGGAAUAAUGGGCCAACAAGUUUCCGGUGCUGCAGCAAAAUCCAUCAAGAACAAGUUCAUCGCCUUGUUCAACGAGGAAGGCUCUGGAGACGCCUAUUUUCCGACGCCGGCACAGGUCGCUGCCACAGACAUCUCCAAAUUGCGACUCGCUGGGCUGUCUCAGCGAAAGGCCGAGUAUAUCCAGGGCUUGGCGGAGAAGUUCAAGACCGGUGAGCUCUCCACCGAUAUGCUCAUGAAGGCCACGGACGAGGAAGUCAUGGAGAAAUUGAUCGCCGUUCGUGGCUUGGGAAAGUGGAGUGUGGAAAUGUUCGCGUGCUUUGGUUUGAAGCGAAUGGACAUUCUUUCCACUGGAGACCUUGGGGUACAACGAGGCAUGGCUGCUUUCUAUGGUAAAGAUGUAAAAAAGCUCAAAGCAAAGGGUGGAGGAAAAUGGAAAUAUAUGUCGGAACAAGACAUGCUUGAAAAAUCAGCACCAUUUGCUCCAUAUCGAAGUCUGUUUAUGUGGUAUAUGUGGAGGGUGGAGGACGUGGACGUGGACGUUAUGCAGAGCACCAUGUAA